AUGUUGGCCCUCGCAAUAGUAUUCAUGAUUAUCAUAUUAGUCGGGUUCGUCGGAAAUACGAUUGUUUUAUUUGUUAUCAUCUUCAACAGACAGCUACAUGACAGGUGAGGAUUUAUUUUGGCUAGCUUUAGUAAUUUUCAUAACAAACUAAAUUAUGUAAAUUUUAAAGAAAUAUGCAAAUUUUCGAAAAUUAUGCAAAUUUUUGAACAUUAUGCAAAUUUUUGAAAGUUAUGCAAAUUUUUAAAAUUUUGAUUCUUUUAUGCAAAUUUUUGAAAUUUUUAUUCUUUUAUGCAAAUUUUUUUAUUUCUAAAUUUCAGCACAAACACAUUGAUCUGCAACCUAGCGUUGGCCGACCUCUUAUUUAUCACGUUUUGCGUCCCCCUCACGGCAUACAGUUACAUCUUUCACUGGGAUUUCAGUGAGAGCGUGUGCUACUGGAUGGUCACAUUACAAUAUGUGACUUGCUAUGUUAGUGUGUGGACGUUAGUCCUGUUGGCGUAUGAUCGAUUUUUGGUAAGUAGUCGUCUUCAAUUUUAGAGGCAGCUUUUUAAAAACUCUGUUUUCGUUUUGAUCUUUUAUAUCAAGUGUAAUAUAACCGUGUAUCUUUAGUCGAUCGCAUGUCCAACUCGAACGUUGACGCUGCGAAAGAGCCAUUGCUGCAUUUAUAUUUGCAUAUCAUUAUGGAUCAUCAUUUUCUUGGCGAACUUGCCAAAUAUGGAAAGUGUGGGGUUGAUUCCAACUGGAGCUAAUGUAAGACCUCUAAACAUAACUUUUUGCGUCUCAAAUCUUGCUUUUAUUAACACUGUUGCAUACAAGCAAAAUCUAAUGUCGGCUCGUAGUGCAAAAAGUUUGAAAAAAUGGUCGAUAAGCACCUAUUUCUCUGACCGUCUCUCCAUAUUUUCCUUACUCUCUCGUCCACAAAAACAAUUGAAUAUCUCGAUUGCGGCUUGAAAGUACAAACUAAAUCUUUGUGGACUUAAAAUACAGGGACUGUAGAUCACACAGUCCAAAUGUCACUCUAAUCGCAUCCUUGUAUCUUGAGAAAUCCCCACUUCAUCUUUCCGCUCUAGACUUUGGUUUUCUUGGACUUUUAAUUCUUUCCUGUCCUUAUUUUGCUUCACCUUUACAUCUGUAAAAUUUACAGUCCUCCGUCUACUACUGUGUGGACUCAUUGGACAUUGGCUUCGCCGAGGCCAGCCUCACCAAGGCCCGGAUCUUCUUCUGGGGAUUUAAUCUCGGCGCCUAUGUGCUCCCCCUCUCUUUAUCCACCGUAUUCUACCUGCUGCUGGUCAAAGCACUAUGGAAAGAGAAGUUAACGCACUCAAAGAACAGUCAGCGGAUGAAACGGCAUGCCACGAAGAUGGUGUUCACCGUGAUCAUGACGUUCGGGUUCUGCUGGUUCCCGCAGAACUUCCGCUUCUUCUUCCGCGGCUACAGCUACCCGGAUAUGGCGUUCUGGGAGAAGAUCCCACAACUCUUGUUCAUUGUGCAGACUUCGGCGCAGAUUUUGGCGUACGCAAACUCGUGUAUUAACCCGAUCUUGUACGGGGUUUUAUCGGAGCGCUUUCGAAUGGGCGUUCAGCAAAGCUGGGCGAAAGUUAUGGGCUGUGGAAGUCGGAGGACGAGUGUGGAGAAUUAUAAGCAUAGCAUCUUUACGAGGAAUGUUUUUGACGUGAAAACACCGUGUGAUUCAGUGCCAAGAUCACGGAUGUCACCAAGAGGAUCGGGGACGGAAUUCAGGUAAGAAAAUCUUGAUUUUUUAAAAGUUGAGGUGGAAUUUCUCAACGUAGAAAGCUCGGGGUUUCCUCAAACUUACCACAGGUCAUUUGGUUAAAGUUUUUGAGUAUUUCGUAGAACACGGUAAACUUAAUUUUGCCAUUUUAUAGCGUUAGUAAAGACAGGUUUUGUCGUCUUAUAUUGCCAUGUUUCGCCUCGGAACUUAUCGGAUUUACUAUAUAUUUCUCAUAUUACAUGUAAGGACCUUUUCUAUGACGGCCCUCCCAACAAUCCUCAAGAAUCGUUGAGUUCGUUGAUGACGGGAGACCUUUGACAUGCCUCUCAAAGUCAUCGGUAAUCUCUUGUUGACGUAGCAUUUAUAGAAAAAUAGGAAAAAAAGAUUUGACUUUGUAAUCUGUCCAAAUGUCGUCGGGAUAAUCCUCGCGGGCAAUUUUGGCCAACCUUUUUCCUUUAAUGCCGGUUUAACGUCAAGUUUUUUUUAGGAAAGUCAUCCCAACGUACACUUCCGAAUGCACCGAAGACACUGGGACCUCUCCUGCUUCACAAAGAACAUCAUUGAGACACUCUGUGACACUGUUAUCGCCUUCGAUUGUCUCACAAAUUCCACCGAAGGACUUUGAUGAGUUGUCCGAUUCGGCUUCAGUGUUGUUGUAA